GUGUUUUCUUACGUCAAAAAAACGAGUUACGAACGAAACGUAAAACUUCAAAAAAUUUAUAAAUUGUGCCGAAAUUUUUAACCGUGACAGUAGUCUGGGGUUUAAAUUUAAUUGCGACUGCAUGUAUGUAUGGAUAUUGUUGAAAAAUCCUGAAACGACCUCUGAGCGUUGCAGUAAAUUUGAACAUUGGUCACCUUGGUGCAUGUAACAGAUAAAAUGUCUUUUAAUUCAAGAAUAUUGCUUCCUGUUGCUCUGGGCAUGUCCCUGGUCUCUGUGACUGCCUUCGUCGUAUAUUAUGUGUUUAAAAAAGAUGAAGAGGAGAAGAAUGAAAAUCUGGUCAAGACUUCACGGAUCAAUGUCAUAGAAAUAAAUAUUCCUAAGAGCAUUGUUCCAGCUUUGAUUGGGCGCAGCGGUUCGAAUAUAAAAGAAAUAGAGCGCAAGUCUGGAGCGCUCAUCCACUUCAAGAAGUUCAGCGACAAAGAUUAUGACGUGUGCAUCGUUCGGGGCCGAAGCGAAGCUAGUCAGCUGGCUGAGACGCUGAUACACGACUUUAUAAAGGAGCAGCCGUUGAUCGUUGACGAUAGAAUUGAAGUGCCUGGCUGGGCUUGUGGCAGGAUUAUUGGUGUGGGUGGUGAGAACAUAAAUGACAUUAGCCACCGCAGCGGCGCGCGUGUUAAGAUCGACGGACCGAACUUGGGCGACCGCGCCACGCAGCGGCAAGUGUCUAUUAAAGGCACCAAGGAACAAAUCGAAGUCGCCAAAGGACUCAUCGAGAAAUGCGUAGCCCAAGAGAAGUGCCGCCGCGAGAUCGAGCAGUCGAAGCGAAGCCCGCGGCACGGUACUCCCGCGCCCGAAACGCCCGAUGACGCGCCAGGUGACACCAAGCAUGCCAAGUAUAAGCGGCCUGCGGAAGCAAGCGGCGCAUCCAUCGAGGUAUACGUGUCAGCCGUGUCGUCACCGUCGCGCUUCUGGGUGCAGUUCGUGGGCGCACAAGUGUCGCAGCUCGACGAGCUCGUGGCGCACAUGACUGACUACUACGGCAGCCGCGAGAACCGCCAGGCGCAUGAGUUAUCUCAAGUGAGCGUGGGGCAGGUGGUGGCGGCGGUGUUCCGGCACGACGGGCGCUGGUACCGCGCGCGCGUGCACGCCAUCCUGCCCAACGAGUUUGACGCCACCAAGCAGGUGGCGGACGUGUUCUUCGUAGACUACGGAGACAGCGAGUAUGUGGCCGUGAACGAACUCUGCGAGCUGCGGGCCGAUCUACUGCGGCUAAGGUUCCAGGCGAUGGAGUGCUUCCUAGCGGGUGUGAAACCAGCAGGCAAGGAGGCUGACGUGGUGGGCGUGACUGCCGCCGGCGCCACCUGGGACAAGUGGCACCCGCAGGCCAUCGAGCGCUUCGAAGAGCUCACGCAGGUGGCGCGAUGGAAAUCCUUGGUGUCUCGAACGUGUACUUACAAGAAGACUGCCACAGCUGAAGGAGAGAAAGAGAAGGAGAUACCUGGGAUCAAGCUUUAUGACGUCACUGAUGAGGGCGAGAUAGACAUCGGCGCGGUUCUUGUCGCGGAGGGCUGGGCGGUGGAGGGCGCCGCGCCCGCGCCCCGCGCGUCACACACCCCGCAAACGCCCUUCGGGGACCUAGGGAACUCCAGGGUACUGGGCAUGUUGAAUCAAGUCGGCCCGCGGUCGUCGUCGCUCCCCAAAGAUCACAAGGACGACGGCACCGAACAGGAAAAGGCGGCUAAAGACAAACUAAACUAAAACGACAAGCUAACAUCAUCGAUAUCACUCGCGUCCGGCCUCGAGAAAACCAGCCCUAAAGCGGUGUCAAACUUCGACCUGACCUACCCAGAUAUCAAGCCGAAACCCGUCAACGGUUCCCAUGAAGAAUUCCUGCAAACUGAGCGUGUAUCCGAGAUUAAUAACUCUACGGACACUUUAGUACCACAAACGCAGGCGCAGAAAACCGGUGAUGACUUCAAGGCGAAUAUGAACAGAAUAGAUUCCCACCAUAAUAACUUAGAAGCACUGGGCAGGCAAGAGGCGCAUAAAUCGUGAAGCAAGUUAAGUAAGUCCUCCUUUUGUGAUGUGAACAGAUCGUCUGAUAGAAAAUGGUCUGAAAAACUUUACGAUGACUUAGUUUUUCUUAAAGUAAACACGGAUUGAAUCAAAUAAAAAUUAAAUAAUUUUUCAGCUACUCCUUUUUAAUUCUUUUUGACUAUUACAUAUUUUGGAUUUGUUUGUUUAAUUCGUGUCUAUUGACAAUAAACGUACAAGUUUCAAAGUACGAAUCUGCCGUCCAAAGAAUUUAAAUUAAGAUGCAAUCGUAAUGCAAUUUAGGCUUAUUAAAGCUUUGGGCGCGAAAGUUGUUUUAGAAUUUCUAAUCGAUUAGGUUUGUGAUAAAAAAUGUGACACGACUGAAUGGAAGGGUAUGAGGACAUCUCGUUUGAUUAUACUAAUUACUAAAGUAUAUCAGUAUUGGCGUGGCGUGUCGUAUGUUGGAAGUGUGUCUACGGCCUAACGUUUUGACCACUGCACAGUGCACUUUAUACACCUAAAAAUAUUUUCUAUCCCACGUUCUGUUAGAAUUUAUGACCUCGAUUUGUAAUUUCCUCAGCUUUAAAUAAAUAGGUGUAAGGAAAAAAUAUCGUUACGAAUCUUUUUGUCUAUGGACACGCCAUAGACUGUAAUAGUCUUGUUUGAUUCAUCUUUUGUACGUUCCUACAAGUUUAUUGUAACUACAAAAUGUUUUGAAUUUCGCAACCUUAACAAGUGUAUUCGUGAAUGUGUAUUUAUUAGGCAUUUUACCUUUCUAGUAUUUGUGUUUUAUUCAUUAGAAAUUUCGUUAUUUCUACUCAUUUAAUGGCAGUCUAUUUACAUUGAAUAGAAUCGCUCAUUCCUUCAUUUUAUGUUCCUUCUCGACUUCGAAAAGGCAGUGUUAAUGCCCGCUGAUAUCGGUUCUUUUCUAACCAUAGAAAUUAGACGAAGACCGACGUAUUGGUGACGUCAUUAUGCUGUAAUAUGUAGUUUUGUCACGUGAUUUUUCCUAUUCAUUUAGUGUGCUCCAUAUGUAAAUUAAGUUAGCUUUUUAGUCUUAAUUCGUUAAUUAUUUUGAAUCAGUAAAGUACUGAUAAGUGACGUCAUAACCUACUGUUUUUCACGCGAAAUCUGUAGAAAUAGAAUAUCAAGUUCUAGUGAAUUUACACUGUAAGACAAUAUUAACUGAUACAACUGUCUGUGAUUGUCUAACAAUAUUUUACGGGGUGAAAAUUCUCUUAGUGAAGCCUGAAACUACGCGUUCUCCAAAAUAUUCGUUCGUUCGUUCAAAUAUUUUUUAUUUAAAAGUUAAAGACACAAAAAAUAUAAUUGCAGGAUUUUGAUAUGUAGUAAGCUUUACAUUUUUAAAGUUUAGCAAUACCACUGCUUCUGUUUGUAUAGAAAGAGGCGGUUCAUUGAAAUGAAAAAAACAAAUCUUGAUGUGACUUUUGACCUUUAAUAAACGGUAACUUAUAAUGUAGAAUGA